AUGUUCAAGCAAAUAUAUCUCCGCUCUGUCCGUGUUCGCCAUCCUCUUUGCAGGGCCGGCAUCGACAACUACCGACUCAGCUUGUUCCACCAAUCCGCCAGCGCCGCAACAGAAUCCCAAUUCCGAAUCCUCCCAUUAAUCAAACGCGAACACGCCGAACUCCAAUCCUCCAGCCACAAAAUUCUCAACUCAUUACACUCAGACGAGCAAACCAGAUACCAAAACCGAUUUACCUGGGAACUAGCCCGCCACACAAUCGGCGAAGAACUACUCGUCUACCCAGCAAUCGUCCAACGUGUGCACAACGGCCGGGAAAUUGCAGAUAAAAACCGUUUCGAACAUCAGGAGAUCAAAGAACAAUUGAAGAUGUUCCAAGGACUCUCGUGUAAUGAUCCACGAUUCGCACCAACGCUGGAGGCACUGGUAGAGGAUUUAGAGAAGCAUAUUCGCCGAAAGGAGGAUGUAGAUGUCGUACUUCUUGAGGAAGCGUUAUCGAGGAAAGACAGUGAAGCGUUAGCGCGAUCUUUAGAUCGGAUGAAGAAAUUCUUGCCGUCGAGAUCUCAUCCGUUGGCGCCUAGCAAACCGCCCUUUGAGACGGCUGUGGGGUUGCUGACUGCGCCGGUGGAUAUAAUCGCUGAUUUGUUUCGGAAGUGGCCUCAUGAGGAUAUGGGGAAGAGGAAUGAGCAUUUGGCUGCCACGAGGUAG